GAAAAAGAAAGGAGCAUAGAUACACUCUCGCCGAAAUGAUAGAAAAGCUCUGAAGGUUGGAUAGAGAAGCCGAAAGCUGCGAAACUCCAGUUCAUAAUCAAUUCCUCAAUCUCCCUAUAUUGCUUUCGAUUCUAAAUCCAUGGCCGAGGUCGUGGAUUUGCCCGCUGAAUCCAUAGACCAGGCACCACCUGAAAAUGCCCCCGUUGCGGAGGAGGCACCACCGCCUCCGCCUCCUCCGCCGCCGGCUCCAGUCCCGUUGAGGAGAAGGGAUAGAGAUUCGAGGGAUAGGAGAGACGACAGGGACAGGGAUUUAGACCGUCCUCUCGGUCGCCACCGCGGUGGCGAUUACUACGACCGUAACGCAUCACCACCGCCGAGAGACCGGGAGAGAGAUUACAAGCGCCGCCGCAGUCCCAGCUCUCCUCUUUACCGUGACCGCCGCUAUUCGCCUCCCCGGCGCUCCCCUCCGCCUUUUAAGCGCUCGAGGAGAGACGAUGGAGGUUUCGACCGGCGUGGGAGUCCCAGGGGUGGGUUUGGAUCGGAAGAUAGAAGGUUCGGCUUUGAUUAUGGCGGUGGAUUUGAACGUGGGGUGGGAGGAAGACCUGGUCGUUUUAUGAAUCGUUCAUUGGGUGGAUAUCAAAAUGGACCUCCUGAAUUGGAAUCCAGUCGCGGUGGUUAUACUGAUUCAUCAGAUACGGGAAAUACACAAAGAGAAGGGUUGAUGUCCUAUAAGCUGUUCAUUCAAGAGCUCGAAGAUGACAUAUUGCCAGCUGAAGCUGAACGCAGGUAUCAAGAAUAUAGGUCAGAAUACAUUUCUACUCAAAAACGCACCUUCUUUGAUGCUCAUAAGGAUGAGGAGUGGUUGAGGGACAAGUAUCAUCCAACAAAUUUACUAGCAGUCAUUGAAAGGAGGAAUGAACAUGCUCGACAGGCGGCAAAGGAUUUUUUGCUUGAUUUGCAGAGUGGAACAUUGGACCUAGGUCCCAGCAUCAAUGCCUCAUCAUCAAACAAAUCAGGGCAAGCAAGUGAUCCAAACUCGGAUGAUGAAGUAGACCCUGGAGGCAAACGCAGGAGACAUGGUAGGAUAUCAGUUAAAGCAAGUGAUGAUUCUGCUGCUCCUAAGGCUCAACCAAUUAGCUCUGAGCCUAGACGAAUACAAGCUGAUAUCGAACAAGCACUAACUCUUGUGCGGAAGCUUGAUUCAGAAAAGGGGAUUGAAGAUAAUAUUUUAUGCAGCAUUGAUAACAAAAUGGAUACUGAUAAGUCUAGUGGAUCCAUGGCUCCAAUUAUAAUAAUACGUGGUUUGACAUCUGUUAAGGGCUUGGAGGGCAUUGAACUACUGGACACACUUAUCACUUAUCUUUGGCGCAUCCAUGGUGUAGAUUAUUAUGGCAUGAUUGAAACUAAUGAGGCCAAGGGUCUUCGGCAUGUAAGGGCAGAAGGAAAAAGUUAUGAAGAGACGAGUAAAGCUGACGGUGACUGGGAAAAAAAACUCGACACAUUUUGGCAAGAAAGAUUGGUGGGUCAAGAUCCCUUGGAAAUAAGGACUGCUAAGGAGAAGAUUGAUGCAGCAGCUGUUGAAGUUUUGGAUCCAUAUGUUCGUAAAAUAAGAGAUGAGAAGUAUGGGUGGAAGUAUGGUUGUGGAGCCAAGGGCUGUACCAAGCUCUUCCAUGCAGCUGAAUUUGUGCAUAAACAUCUGAAGCUGAAACACCCUGAACUUGUGAUGGAGUUGACUUUGAAAGUGCGUGAGGAUCUCUAUUUCCAGAAUUACAUGAAUGAUUCAGAUGCUCCUGGUGGGACGCCUGUUAUGCAGCAACCGCUGCUGAAAGACAAAGGCCAGAGGCGUAGGCCAGGUUUAGAAAAUCGAUUGAGGGAUGAUCGUGGUAACCGUAGAGAUCGGAUUGACAGAAUGAACGAUGGUGAAAGGUUUGACAGAUCUGAAAACUCUCCUUCUCAUGAUCGACUGUCCAAAGCUGGUGGUCUGGAAGCGGAAAAUCCUGACGAGUCAAUGUAUGAUGCUUUUGGUGGGCAAGGUUUGGGUGCUGUUCCCCCUUUUGCGUCAGACGUGGCCCCUCCGCCAGUAUUAAUGCCUGUACCUGGUGCUGGGCCCCUGGGACCUUUUGUUCCUGCUCCCCCUGAAGUUGCAAUGCGAAUGCUAAGGGAGCAGGGAGGGACACCUUCGUAUGAAAGCAAUGGGAGAAAAAUGCGCUCUGGUCCUGUGAUUGGUGGACCCUCACCAAUUCUUACUGCACCUCCUGGUUUGAGACAGGAUCCUCGACGGCUACGUAGUUAUCAAGAUCUGGAUGCCCCAGAAGAUGAAGUCACUGUGAUAGACUAUCGGAGUCUGUAGUUAGUCUGCUGAUACAAUCACCAGAUAGGCAUUUACAUGGAUGAGGCUGGCUCUUCUUUUUCUUGGUAGGCUGAUAACAGCUAGUGGGAUUCUAAAAUCUUGUGUAAAGCAACCACAUUUUGUGCAAAUAUUGUUAGGGGUCUAGGGCUCCGGUGCCUUCCCUGAAAACGUUGUUUGCUAUGGGCUUUUGAGCACAAAGGGAAAAAGGUUAGACGGGCAAGUGAUUUCGUGGCCCAUCAAUGUCAUGCUUCUUGUGUGUUGCAAUCAUUCUGGAGUCUUAUUGUUCUGAAGUUUUCCUGGCAACAAACUUUUGAACUCACAAGCCAAAUAAUAGUUUGAAAUUGAAUCGAUGUUACAUUUUUCCCUA